CCCUUUCUCCUUCACAGACCACACUUUGCCUUUUAAAAGAAAUGCCACCCACAUUCAGAGACACAAGUGCAGCAGUUUGGGAAGAUGGUGAGUUGGAAGAAGGUGAACUGGAGGAUGAUGGGGCAGAGGAGACCCAGGACACCCCCGGAGGCCCGGAGAGGAGCCGGAAAGAAAAAGGGGAGAAGCACUACAGCGAUUCAGACGAGGAAAAGUCUCACAGGAGGCUGAAACGGAAGCGGAAGAAAGAGCGGGAGAAAGAGAAGAGAAGAUCGAAAAAGAGGAGGAAAUCUAAGCACAAGCGCCAUGCAUCCUCCAGCGAUGAUUUCUCCGACUUCUCCGAUGACUCCGAUUUCAGCCCCAGCGAGAAGGGGCACCGCAAGUACAGAGAGUACAGCCCCCCGUACGUGCCGUCCCACCAGCAGUACCCCCCGUCACACAGCACGUCCCUGCCCAAGAAGUCCUACUCCAAGAUGGACAGCAAAGGCUACGGCAUGUACGACGACUAUGAUAACGAGCAGUACGGGGAGUAUGAGGGCGACGAGGAAGAGGAUAUGGGCAAGGAGGACUACGACGACUUCACCAAAGAGCUGAACCAGUACCGGCGUGCCAAGGAGGGCAGCAGUCGGGGCCGAGGCAGUCGAGGCCGUGGCAGGGGCUACCGGGGCCGAGGAAGCCGCGGAGGGUCUCGGGGCCGAGGCAUGGGCCGGGGCGGCCGAGGCAGGGGCAGAGGCUCCAUGGGAGACCACCCAGAAGACGAAGACGACUUUUAUGAAGAUGAGAUGGAUUACGGAGAAAGUGAGGAGCCGAUGGGAGACGAGGAUUACGACGACUAUUCCAAGGAGCUGAACCAGUACCGCCGGUCCAAGGAUGGCCGAGGACGAGGGUUAAAUCGAGGCCGUGGCCGGGGUUCCCGGGGCCGAGGCAAAGGCAUGGGCCGCGGCCGAGGUCGAGGUGGCGGCCGAGGAGGGAUGAACAAGGGCGGGAUGAAUGAUGACGACGACUUCUAUGACGAUGACAUGGGCGAUGGCGGCGGAAGCUACCGGAGCCGUGACCAUGACAAGCCCCAUCAACAGUCUGACAAGAAAGGCAAAGUCAUCUGCAAAUACUUCGUGGAGGGGCGGUGCACAUGGGGAGACCACUGUAACUUCAGCCAUGACAUCGAGCUACCAAAGAAGCGCGAGCUGUGCAAGUUUUACAUCACCGGGUUUUGUGCCAAAGCCGAGAACUGCCCCUACAUGCACGGUGAUUUUCCGUGUAAGUUAUACCACACGACUGGGAACUGCAUCAACGGUGACGACUGCAUGUUUUCCCACGACCCUCUGACCGAGGAGACGAGAGAGCUCUUGGAUAAGAUGUUGGCUGACGAUGCGGAAGCAGGCGCUGAGGACGAGAAGGAAGUUGAGGAACUAAAGAAGCAGGGCAUCAACCCCCUGCCCAAACCACCCCCCGGUCCUCCGCCCCCCGGGCCCCCGCAGAUGCCCAUGCCAGUGCACGAGCCGCUGUCCCCCCAGCAGCUGCAGCAGCAGCAGGACUUGUACAACAAGAAGAUCCCCUCCUUGUUUGAGAUCGUGGUACGGCCCACAGGACAGUUGGCUGAGAAGCUGGGUGUGAGGUUCCCGGGACCUGGAGGACCCCCCGGGCCGAUGGGCCCUGGGCCCAAUAUGGGACCCCCGGGGCCAAUGGGGGGCCCAAUGCAUCCCGACAUGCACCCCGACAUGCACCCGGACAUGCAUCCUGACAUGCACCCCGACAUGCACCCCGACAUGCCGAUGGGCCCUGGCAUGAACCCUGGCCCGCCCAUGGGACCUGGUGGCCCCCCAAUGAUGCCUUAUGGCCCUGGAGACUCCCCACAUUCUGGAAUGAUGCCCCCCAUCCCACCAGCCCAGAACUUCUAUGAGAACUUUUACCAGCAGCAGGAAGGCAUGGAGAUGGAGCCGGGACUCAUGGGGGACGCAGAGGACUACGGGCACUACGAAGAGCUGCCGGGGGAGCCUGGGGAGCACCUCUUCCCCGAGCACCCUCUGGAGCCCGACAGCUUCUCUGAGGGAGGGCCCGCAGGCCGGCCGAAGCCGGGCGCCGGUGUCCCCGACUUCCUGCCCUCAGCCCAGAGGGCCCUGUACCUGAGGAUCCAGCAGAAGCAGCAGGAGGAGGAGGAGAGAGCGAGGAGGCUGGCUGAGAGCAGCAAGCAGGACCGGGAGAAUGAGGAAGGUGACACUGGAAACUGGUACUCAAGUGACGAGGACGACGGUGGGAGCAGCGUCACCUCCAUCCUUAAGACCCUGAGGCAGCAGACGUCCAACCGACCCCAGGCUUCUGUCGGGGAGCUGAGCAGCAGCGGGCUGGGGGAUCCCCGCCUCCAGAAGGGACACCCCACAGGAGGCCGGCUGUCCAGCCCCGCGGGCCCCAGGGCCUCCAAGGGGUCUGGGCCACCCCCUGCAGAAGAGGAGGACGGGGAGCGGGCCCUGCGGGAGAAGGCCGUGAACAUUCCUCUGGACCCCCUCCCCGGGCACCCGCUGCGGGACCCGCGGUCGCAGCUGCAGCAGUUCAGCCACAUCAAGAAGGAUGUGACCCUGAGCAAGCCGAGCUUCGCCCGCACCGUGCUGUGGAACCCCGAGGACCUGAUCCCCCUGCCCAUCCCCAAGCAGGAUAUCGCGCCCCCCGUCCCUGCUGCCUUGCAGUCCAUGCCUGCCCUGGACCCCAGGCUGCAUCGGGCCUCCACGGUGGGUCCCUCCAACCCCCGACAGCGCUCAGGCACCUCCACGGACCCCGGCCCCUCCGGCUCCAGCCUGCCUGACUUCGAGCUCCUCUCUCGAAUCCUCAAGACUGUCAGUGCCACUGGCCCCUCUGCUGUCCCCGGCCCCAGCGACAAGCCCAGCGACCCCCGGGUGCGGAAGGCGCCCACUGACCCUGGGCUGCAGAAACCACCCAAUGCCGGUGGUAAACCUGCAGAGCCUGCUGCUGACGGGGCUGCCCAGCCCAAGGGCGCCGAGGGCAAUGGCAAGAGCUCGGCGGCCAAGGCCAAGGAGCCCCCGUUUGUCCGGAAGUCUGCCCUGGAACAGCCCGAACCAGGGAAGGCCGGUGUGGACGGGGGCUCCAGCACAGCCACGGACCGAUACAACAGCUACAACCGGCCCCGGCCCAAGGCUGCUGCCACCCCCGCCGCCACCAUGCCCACCCUCUUCGGGACCGUGAAGCAGGCGCCUAAGACGGGCUCCAGUAGCCCGUUCGCUGGCAACAGCCCCUCCCGAGAGGGCGAGCAGGACGCGGGGUCCCUGAAGGAUGUGUUUAAAGGCUUUGACCCCACCGCCUCCCCCUUUUGCCAGUAGUGUGAGGCCGGGCGGAGCCGUCCCUACACCCACCCUUCCUAGGGCAAUAUUUAAGUGCAGCAUCCAGAGUUGGGAACUUGGGGGGAGGGGGCGCCUGGGUAUUCUUUCUUUACUUUUCCCUCUUUUUCUUUUUUUCUUUUGCUCUAUGCUCUUUCUUGCUCUUGCCCCCCCCCCCCUUUUUUAAGUAAUACUUCCUUUUUAAAACAUAAAUUGUAUAUAACCAUCUUCAGUUCUCGUCAGUGCUGCAGGGCUCCGGGCUCCCGCCGAGAAAACCUACUUGUGCACAUGAACAGUUUGCAAGUCACCAGCUGGUGCUCUGCCUGGCCGGCCCAAUUUUCAGGGACUCCUUGAAGACUGGGGGUCCAGGGGGUUUUCUGGACACAGCUUGGCCCCUCCUCCCCCCUCCUUGCAGGACAAAGGUGUUGAGAAGGCCCUGAGCACUGCUUACGUGUUGCAUGAGGAGGCAGGACCCGCUUAGGGGCCAGUGGGGGGCGAAAGAUUAUCCAGGAAAGGAAGAGAGCCCUGGGAGCCGCCCUGGAAGAGACAAAACCCCUUCCUGCCGCAUCGCAUCGCCUCUGGAUUCGCGCCUGGUCCCUCGCCAGCCUCAGCCCAGAGUUCACCCUGAGCCCGCACCUCAGGCCCUCGACCGCAGACGCCAGGGUGAGAGGCUGGGGCCGGGCCCUGUGCCGCUUCCGGGAGGCAGCGCUGCAGAUGGCGUUUUCCGUCAGUAUUAGCCCCUCCUGUCCUGUCCUGUCCUGUUGGCCAUGCCCUUCUCCCCUCGUGCCAGGGGCUGUCCUGCUCCUCAGAAGCCAGAGUGCCCAGUGCUGGCCCUGGUGCCCCUGGGGACGGCUCAAGGAUCCGUGGCAUGGCUGCCCACCAGGCCCCUGAGGAGGGGGCCUGGCUGGUUCUGGGCCGUGUUUCUGUCUCCGCUCCCUUUGCCCCUCUCUGCGCCGUAUCUGUGGGGCCCGUGGUCUCAGUGUGUUUGGGUUUCUUCUAAGCGACAGGUGCACAGGUUCAGAGGCAUGUGAGUGUGGGGUUGGUGGGCACUCCCCUAAAAAGGGCCUGAGGGCAGGCUGGAGAGUAGCCAUGGCCCAGGGUGGGGGUGGGGGGGGGCUGCUGGGCUUCCCCUGGGAGAGGCACCAGGACCGCCCCCGCCAGUGAGGGUGUGGAACCCGAGACCUGCGUCCUGCUCCCCUGAUCAGCUGAGCCGGGAAGGGAGCAGACAUCUGCACCGGCUUCUCCCAGCACCUGGCUCCGGUCCAGCCCUGCCCACAGCGCCAGACGAGCCCCCGUGGACAUGGCCUGGGGAAGCUGGGCAAGGCCUGUGCCGCAGGGGCCCCUCCCACCUGUGUUCGUCCUUGCCAGCUUCUGCCUCCUCAUCCCACCACCUCAGCCACCUCGCUUAAGGCCCCUGUCCCCCCCUUGCUAAUAAUGAGGAAACCUGGUGACCCAGCCAAAGGGUUCCCCCUCCCCGCACCGUGGGGUGGGAGGUGAACAAGGCUGCUAUACCAAACCCCUCUCCCCGGAAAAAAAUAGUUGUGUUUGGGGCCGGAAGCGAAGGCCAGAGAAGCAGCCCCACAGGGCCAGUGCGCCGUGAUCAGGUUGGUUUGGUUUGUCUUUUUGUUUCGUUUUUUUAAACAUUAGUGAUAUUUCCCCUCAGCCGCCGGUGUUGGCCUUGAGCGGAGGGCCGCAGCCGCGGUGUCAUCCAAUAAGUAAGAAGACACAGCGCGGCUGCGGGUUUGUUUCCUUCUCUGAGGAUUUUCUUUUGUAAAAGCAAAUUAAAUAAUUUUUUAAAACAAAUUUGUGGAUGAAUUAGAAGCUGGAGCCCUCCUUGGAUAUUCAGCCUAAGAACCUCAUGGGACUAUGAAUUUACCCCAAAUUUUCAUUUGCCAUCAGGCCAAGCUUUUAAAAAAAAAAAUUGUUCUCUAACCAGGAUUGUAACAAAAGUGUAAAUAAUAUUUCAGAAAGUUGAUGGUGCAAAUAUGUAUAUAACGUACUGUAUUUUUACAAUGAUCGUCGCAUGCCUCUAUGCCACCCCCUUUUUGUACUCUGUAUCUGUCUUCCAGAAACGUCACCUGCCCUUUCUCCUGUGGUCUCUUAAUCCAAUAAUUGUAUUACUGCCAUUAAAGGAUGCAGUUAUUUUAAAAAGUC